AAAGAGGGGUCGCUAAGAAAGUCAAGGGAGCCGGGCGCUAAAAGGUCGCGAAGACUAUAACAAACUCCACAUACUUCUGCCAGCUUUCCAACAGUUAACCUGAAUGCAUGUGGGAGUGCUGAUCUAGAUGGGCACAAGUGACGCUGUUGUACUCAAAGAAGUCAUUUGUUAUUUAACCCAGGCAGCCGUAGCAAACACGGAAAACUUCUCUGCAGGACUUCAACCUCUAGGACAUCACUAAAAAAGUCAGUAGUGACUCCAUGUCUUUCCAGAACUCCAGAAAAGGCAGUACAAGAAGAAAUAAUAGGGUAUAAUGCGGUGGAUUAAAAUGACUUGGUGGUAAAUGCUGCGUUUAAUGCUUUUUUUUUUUCGAAUUAGGAAUGAGCCCUAUUCUUUUUGCUGCAUGUUUCUCAUUUAUUUGGCUGUCAGGUUAAAACCCUGAACUUCAGAAUCACCUGCUGAGAACUUACUUUUUACCUAAGAAAUCAACAAUCGCAGAAAUGUCAACGUUUCCCAUCGUUUGCCUGCUUCCAGUUUAUCUGCUCCUUGCAGUUACAUUGCAUGAACUGGACAAGAGUUAUGCUUUUCAUCAUCCUAAUGUUAGAUCCUAUUCCCAGCCUAUGGAGAAGAAUGUGGGGAGAUUUCACAAGGAAUCACAGUGUCAUCACAUGCUUAAACAUCUCCAUAAUGGGGCACGGAUCACUGUACAGAUGCCUCCAGUUAUUGAAGGACAUUGGGUUUCCACAGGCUGUGAAGUGAGACCAGGCCCAGAGUUCAUAAUCAGAUCAUACAAGUUCUACCACAAUAACACAUUCAAAGCCUAUCAGUUCUACUACAGAGAUAAUCACUGUACAAUUCCUGCUUAUACAUUAAUAAUUCAUGGAAAACUGCGCCUACGUCAUGCUUCUUGGAUAAUUCGAGGUGGCACUGAAGCAGAUUAUCAACUUCAUCGAGUCCACAUAAUCUGCCAUAAUGAAGUAGUUGCAGAUGAAAUGAGUUGGUCAGUAAACAGAACAUGCCCAGGAUUCGUACGGGAAGAUAAUCGCUGGGAACCUAAUGUCAUCUAUGACUUGUGGAGAGAAGAUAAUGGCUGUGAUUGCACUAAAGCUAUACAUUUUGCAAUGCAUGAACUUCAACUGAUUCGCAUAGAAAAACAGUAUUUGCAUCAUAACCUGGACCACCUUGUGGAGGAGCUUUUCAUGGGGGAUAUUCACACUGACAUGUCGCAGAGAAUGUAUUACAGACCUUCAAGCUACCAGCCCCCACUUCAGAAUGCCAAGAACCACGACCAUAACUGCAUAGCGUGCAGAAUUAUCUACCGCUCAGAUGAACACCAUCCUCCUAUAUUGCCCCCUAAGGCUGACUUAACAAUUGGGUUGCAUGGCCAGUGGGUGAGCCAACAAUGUGAGGUCAGACCAGAAGUUCUUUUCCUGACAAGACAUUUCAUCUUCCAUGACAAUAACAACACCUGGGAGGGACACUAUUACCACUACUCUGAUCCCAUCUGCAAGCAUCCUGCCUUCACCAUCUAUGCCAUGGGACGCUACAGCAGAGGAGUCCACUCAAAUAAAGUACUUGGGGGGACAGAGUUUGUGUUCAAAGUGAACCGUAUGAAAGUGACACCUAUGAAUGUAGCUACAGCAUCCCUUCUUAAUGUCUUCAAUGGAAAUGAAUGUGGAGCAGAGGGGUCUUGGCAGGUUGGCGUAGAACAAGAUGUCACUCACACCAACGGAUGUGUUGCUCUGGGAAUUCGUCUUCCACACACAGAGUACGAACUCUUUAAGAUGGAGCAGGAUGCCAGAGGUUCAUACCUGCUGUAUAAUGGACAGAGGCCUAGUGACGGGUCGAGCCCUGACAGGCCAGAAAAACGAGCUACUUCUUACCAGAUUCCAUUAAUUCAGUGUAUCUCAUCUGCUGAGGUAGCUGUUGGGCCAUUAGAUGAAAGUGAAAGACACCGACGUACCAAAAGUGGGUCAAAAUGCAACUACCAGAUAGCAACUGUUGUUGUCACAAUGCUUUUAUGCACUGUUCUACAGGGAUAUAUUUACCACUAAUAUGUGGUGACAGUGAUCCUUUGCAAGGCUGUAAGCGGUCAUCCUGUGGUUACAGAUUCUCCUUGUGGGAGAAAAAAGGAUUUUGCUGAACUAAUGCACUUGAGAACUGCUAUUCGUAUAACAUUUGCUCUGGAUUUCUAGAGAAAUGGGAAUAUGAUAUUCUGUUUUUAUUUUUUUCCUUCAUAGAUGAUCCACCACAUGAAGACUUGUGACUUGAAAAUGACUACACAACAGCAACUGCACUUUAGUACUUGGACAAUGUUGAGAUGGCAUUUAGUACAAUGGACUUUUACAAUGCAGAUUAAAUUGCCUAGGAAGUUUUUGCUGUUGAGAGCUAAGGGUACUAAAAAUAUAUUGCUAACAAAGAAGAGCAAGCCAAUGAAUUCACAGCAGAACAUACAUACAUGUAUAUAGUAAUGCUAAAAUGGCAGCAUGCUGCGCUUUCAGAAACAUGUAUAUAUGUAAAUUCUUCACUCGACAACAUUAAAUAGCACAGUACUACUUAACGGCAAGAUAAGGAACUGCAUUCCUAAAAUACGUACUUAAAAUGAUCUUUAGUGAACAAUUAUAAUAAUUUAAAAAUAUUUUUUACAUUUAAAGAAAUAUUUUUAUGGAUUUUGUGUCUCCUGUGCUUUUUGUCCUGCUACUGCAUUAAAACAUUCUUUGUUUUGAUACAAGCACUGCUGUUAUGUUUCUGUUGCAGAGUAAAAGUGUUUACAGGCCCAUUAUGGCUAUAGUAAAAAGAAACAAGUCUUUCAUUGUGCUUUUUUUACCUCUUGUUACAGAAAGCAGCAACAUAUCUUUACUGGAACAAAUUAUUUUAUUAUCUUGUCUCAUGUCUGCUUUUGCUCACUGUUCAGUCAAGAUUUUUAAACCCAAGGAAGUAUUUUGUAAUAAAUUGCUCUGAGCUCAAUACA